CCUCAACACAUAUCCAUCCAUCACAAGAGAGACAACUAAGUAUUAGCUACUCUCUCCUCCUUGAUCUCUCUCUCUCUCUCUCUUUCUCUCAUCACUUGUUCACCUUCAUAUAUAUAUAUACAUAUACAUACAAGUUUCAUCACACUUGCUCUAUAUAGAGAAUAAUAUUAAAUGGCUCUCUCCAUGAGUGGCAUUGUAGCUGUGUUAAUGGUUCUCUCUUUGGCUCCUCUGAGCCUGGGUGGUGGGUAUCUUUGCCCCGAAUACUACGACAAAUCGUGCCCGCAGGUGAAGGAGAUCGUGUGGUCGAUGGUGGCGAAAGCCGUCGCCAAGGAGCCGAGAAUGGCCGCUUCCUUGCUGAGGCUGCAUUUCCAUGACUGCUUUGUUAAGGGGUGUGACGCGUCCAUACUAUUGGACAGUAGUGGGAGCAUCGUGAGCGAGAAGGGGUCGAAGCCAAACAAGAACUCGGCGAGGGGUUUCGAAGUCAUCGACGACAUUAAGGCCGCGGUCGAGCAGGCCUGCCCAAAAACCGUAUCCUGCGCCGACAUCUUGGCCCUCACCGCCCGCUAUUCGACGGUCGUGGCCGGUGGGCCAAACUGGGAGGUCCCACUGGGGAGGAGGGACUCGUUGGGCGCGAGCUUAAGCGGAUCCAACAACGACAUUCCGGCCCCGAACAACACCCUCCCCACCAUCAUCACCAAGUUCAAGCGCCAAGGCCUCGACGUCGUCGACCUCGUCGCCCUCGCCGGUGCUCACACUAUCGGAUUUUCGCGCUGCACCAGCUUCCGCCAGCGUCUGUACAACCAGUCGGGCAACGGUUUAGCCGACAGCACGCUGGACGAGUCGUACGCCAUGCAACUCCGGUGGGGCUGCCCGCGAUCGGGCAGCGACGACAACCUCUUCCCGCUCGACUACGUCAGCCCCGCACAGUUCGACAACUACUAUUACAAGAACAUUUUGGUCGGCAAGGGCCUGCUGAACUCAGACCAAAUUUUGUUCACGAAAAGCGCGACUACGAGGCAGCUGGUGGAGCUGUACGCCGCGAACAUCGGCAUAUUCUACGAUCACUUCGCCAAGUCGAUGAUCAAGAUGGGGAAUAUCACGCCGUUGACGGGAUUGGAGGGCGAGGUCCGGACCAAUUGCAGGAGGAUCAACUCUUCUUAGGUGUUUAAGUGUGGAGAUUUGAUCAGUUUGAUUAAGUUGAUUAUUUGCUUUUAUAAUUUUCCCCAAGUGCUUAUUUUUUCUUUUCCACCCGCAAGUGUUAUGUGUAUCACUUUUGUUGUUGUCGUCGUGGUCGUGGUCGUCGUUGUUAUUGUUAGUCUAUCUGAUUACAAUAAAAGAGAAUGUAUUUUUUAAAUUAUAUAUGAAAAUGGCCCAAUUGCACUA